AUGCUAGAAGCUCGGAGGAACGUGCUAAUGGUGGGAGUAGGACGUGGAAAUAACGGGCACUUAAAUGGGUCUAUUCCAUUAAGGUCCCCCUCUGUGGUUUCGGAAGUAGAUGAGUUCUGUUACGCCCUUGGGGGAAAGAAACCUAUACGCAGUAUCUUAAUAGCAAACAAUGGUAUGGCAGCUGUCAAGUUUAUGCGGAGCAUAAGGACAUGGGCUUAUGAAACAUUUGGAACAGAGAAGGCAAUAUUGUUAGUGGCCAUGGCCACUCCAGAGGACAUGAGAAUAAAUGCAGAGCACAUUAGAAUUGCCGAUCAGUUUGUAGAAGUACCUGGGGGAACUAACAAUAACAACUACGCAAACAUGGCAGAGAUAACACAUGUUGAUGCAGUUUGGCCCGGUUGGGGUCAUGCCUCUGAAAAUCCUGAACUGCCAGAUGCCCUGAAUGCAAAGGGAAUCAUAUUUCUCGGGCCACCAGCUACGUCUAUGGCAGCUUUGGGAGAUAAAAUCGGUUCAUCAUUAAUUGCCCAAGCUGCUGAAGUUCCCACCCUUCCAUGGAGUGGCUCACAUGUUAAAAUUCCCGCAGAAAGCUGUUUGGAUACUAUUCCAGAUGAUAUCUAUCGGAAGGCAUGUGUUUACACAACAGAAGAAGCAAUUGCUAGCUGUCAAGUAGUGGGUUACCCUGCAAUGAUAAAGGCGUCAUGGGGUGGUGGUGGUAAAGGCAUAAGAAAGGUACAUAAUGAUGAUGAAGUGAGGGCAUUAUUCAAGCAAGUCCAGGGGGAAGUUCCUGGCUCACCUAUAUUCAUAAUGAAGGUUGCUUCUCAGAGCCGGCAUCUAGAGGUCCAGUUGCUUUGUGAUCAAUAUGGCAAUGUGGCAGCUUUGCAUAGCCGUGACUGCAGUGUUCAGAGGCGACAUCAAAAGAUAAUUGAGGAAGGUCCAAUUACGGUAGCUCCUCUAGAAACAGUGAAAAAACUAGAGCAGGCAGCAAGAAGGCUAGCCAAGUGCGUGAAUUAUGUUGGAGCUGCUACUGUUGAGUAUCUGUACAGCAUGGAAACUGGGGAGUACUAUUUCUUGGAGCUCAACCUCGGUUGCAGGUUUACUUCACCUUCUUCCUCCCUGCAUCAUCAUUCUAUUUUCUCCAUUCCUUUAAAAUUCCCUGAAGUCUUAAAGCAUCCUCUUUCUGGAAAAACUGCUUGCAAUGAGGUGGAACACCCCGUAACAGAAUGGAUAGCUGAAGUAAACCUCCCAGCAGCACAGGUUGCAGUUGGGAUGGGGAUUCCUCUCUGGCAAAUUCCUGAAAUACGACGAUUUUAUGGAACGGAGCCUGGUGGAGGAUAUGAUGCUUGGAAGAGAACAUCUAUUGUUGCAACACCAUUUGACUUUGACAAGGCAGAGUCUACGAGGCCAAAAGGUCACUGUGUAGCCGUUCGUGUGACAAGUGAGGACCCAGAUGAUGGUUUUAAGCCUACUAGUGGGAAAGUUCAGGAGUUAAGCUUUAAAAGCAAGCCAAAUGUGUGGGCAUACUUCUCUGUUAAGUCUGGAGGAGGCAUUCAUGAAUUCUCAGAUUCUCAAUUUGUUCUCUCAAGGGCAAUGACAGGUAGUGAAAUUCAUCUAACUGGCUUUGUGAAAGUUUCCAUUAUUGACAAGAAAGUCUCUGCCAAAACCAUCUCUGGUCAUGUUUUUGCCUUUGGUGAGUCCAGAGCCCUGGCAAUAGCAAACAUGGUUCUUGGGCUAAAAGAAGUUCAAAUUCGUGGAGAAAUCCGUACAAAUGUUGACUAUACCAUUGAUUUGUUGCAUGCUUCAGACUACAGGGACAAUAAAAUACAUACAGGUUGGUUGGAUAGUAGGAUUGCUAUGCGAGUUAGGGCAGAAAGGCCACCCUGGUAUCUAUCUGUGGUUGGAGGGGCUCUAUAUAAAGCAUCUGCUAGCAGUGUUGCUAUGGUUUCAGAUAUGUUGGUUAUCUUGAGAAAGCAUAUAUCACUUGUCAACUCUGAAGUUUCUUUAAAUAUUGAAGGCAGCAAAUAUACUUUGGAUGGAAACAGUCAUGUUAUAUAUGCAGAAGAAGAAGCUGCUGGAACUCGACUUCUUAUAGAUGGAAGGACUUGCUUACUUCAGAAUGACCAUGAUCCAUCCAAGUUAGUUGCAGAGACUCCAUGCAAGCUUCUAAGGUAUUUGGUCUUGGAUGGUAGUCAUAUUGAUGCUGACACACCUUAUGCAGAAGUUGAGGUCAUGAAGAUGUGUAUGCCACUUCUUUCUCCUGCUUCUGGCAUUAUCCAAUUUACAAUGUCUGAAGGUCAAGCAAUGCAGGCUGGUGAGCUUAUAGCAAGGCUUGAACUAGAUGAUCCAUCAGCUGUAAGAAAAGCAGAACCUUUCCAAGGGAGCUUUCCAUUAGUGGGGCCUCCAACAGCAAUAUCAGGAAAAGUUCAUCAGAGGUGUGCAGCAAGUCUGAAUGCAGCUCGGAUGAUUCUUGCAGGAUAUGAGCAUAACAUUGAGGAAGUUGUGCAAAAUUUGCUCAGUUGUCUUGACAAUCCUGAGCUUCCUUUCCUUCAAUGGCAAGAGUGCUUGUCUGUCCUGGCAACCCGCCUUCCUAAAGAUCUCAGAUCUGAGCUGGAAUCAAAAUAUACAGCAUAUGAAAGUAACUCAAGCCUGCAAAAUCUUGAUUUCCCUGUGAAAGUCUUGCGGGCUGUUCUUGAGGCCCAUCUAAACUCUUGCAAUGAUAAAGAAAAAGGUGCCCAAGAAAGGCUUAUUGAACCUUUGAUGAGCCUUGUCAAGUCUUACGAAGGUGGAAGAGAGAGCCAUGCCCGUAUCACUGUUCAGGAACUUUUUGAGGAGUAUUUAUCUGUCGAAGAAUUAUUUAGUGACAGCAUUCAGGCAGAUGUGAUUGAACGCCUUCGCCUUCAACAUAAGAAAGAUCUCCGGAAGGUUGUGGCCAUUGUGCUUUCUCAUCAGGGCGUCAAGGGUAAAAAUAAGCUGAUACUGCAACUUAUGGAACAAAUGGUGUACCCUAAUCCUGCUGCUUACAGGGAGAAACUAAUCCGAUUUUCUGCCCUGAACCAUACAAACUAUUCUGAGUUGGCAUUGAAGGCAAGUCAACUGUUAGAACAGACCAAAUUGAGUGAACUUCGAUCCAGUAUUGCUAGAAGUCUGUCUGAGUUAGAGAUGUUUACAGAAGAUGGUGAACAUAUGGAUACACCUAAGAGGAAAAGUGCCAUUAAUGAACGAAUGGAGGAUCUAGUACGUGCUCCUUUGGCAGUAGAAGACGCCCUUGUGGGUCUUUUUGAUCACAGUGAUCACACCCUUCAGAGACGGGUAGUGGAGACCUAUAUUCGGAGAUUAUACCAGCCCUACCUUAUCAAGGGCAGUGUCAGAAUGCAAUGGCACAGGUCUGGACUUAUUGCUUCAUGGGAGUUCUUGGAAGAACAUAUUGGAAGGAAAGAUGGUUCUGAAAGUCAAGUGUCAGACAAAACAUCAGUUGAGAAACACACAGAGAGGAAAUGGGGAGCUAUGGUUAUUAUCAAAUCUCUUCAAUUUUUGCCAUCUGUUAUAAAUGCUGCGUUAACAGAAACAAAGCAGAGUAUGAAUGGCGGCAUUCCAAACGGAUAUGCUGAGUCAGCCAGCCAUGGUAAUAUGAUGCACAUUGCACUGGUUGGCAUCAAUAAUCAGAUGAGUUUACUCCAGGACAGUGGUGAUGAGGAUCAGGCUCAAGAGAGAAUCCAUAAAUUGGCCAAAAUACUUAGAGACAAAGAAGUAGGAUCCAGUCUUCGGACAGCAGGUGUUGGUGUUAUUAGCUGCAUUAUCCAGAGGGAUGAAGGGAGGAUCCCUAUGAGGCACUCCUUUCAUUGGUCUACAGAGAAGCUUCACUAUGAGGAAGAGCCCCUAUUGCGACACCUGGAACCCCCUCUAUCAAUAUAUCUUGAAUUGGACAAGCUCAAGGGCUAUGAAAACAUAAGAUACACUCCAUCACGUGACCGUCAGUGGCACCUAUACACUGUUGUAGACAAGCCAUUUCCAAUUCAGAGGAUGUUUCUUAGAACACUUGUAAGGCAACCAACCUCAAAUGAAAUGUUCAUGGAGCUGGACAUGGGAACAAAUGGAUCCCCAUUGUCUAUGUCAUUUACUUCAAAGAGCAUUUUGAGGUCCAUAAUAACUGCACUGGAGGAGUUAGAACUUCAUGUCCAUAAUGCUACCAUCAAAUCUGACCAUGCUCACAUGUAUCUCUAUAUCUUACGGGAGCAGCAAAUAGAUGAUCUUGUGCCAUAUUUCAAGAGAGCCAAAAUAGAAGCUGGGCAAGAGGAAACUGCAGUUGACGCAAUCUUGAAAGGGCUGGCACGUGAAAUCCAUACAUCUGUUGGGAUGAAAAUGCAUCGAUUGGGUGUUUGUGAAUGGGAAGUGAAGCUUUGGAUGGCAUCUGAAGGAAAAGCCGCUGGUGCUUGGAGGGUUGUGGUUGAAAAUGUUACUGGUCAUACCUGCAUUGUGCAUACGUAUCGAGAAUUGGAGGAUAGCAACCAACAAGCAGUGGUCUAUCAUUCUACCUCUGUGGGGGCCCGUCUACAUGGUAUUCCUCUGAAUGCACAGUAUCAGCCUUUGGGAGCUCUUGAUCGGAAACGGCUUGUAGCAAGGAAAAGCAGCACCACAUAUUGCUAUGAUUUCCCACUGGCAUUUGAAAUGGCCUUGGAAAAAACUUGGGCAUCCCAAUGCUCAGGUAGUGGCAAAAUUCAGAGUAAAGUGCUUAAAGUGACAGAGCUCAUAUUUGCUGACUCUAAAGGCACUUGGGGCACUCCCCUUAUUGCCAUUGAGCGCCCACCAGGCCUCAAUGAUGUUGGAAUGGUAGCCUGGACUAUGGAAAUGUCUACACCCGAAUUCCCUUCUGGAAGGACAAUCGUGAUAGUAGCUAAUGAUGUGACUUUCAAAGCGGGAUCUUUUGGUCCAAGGGAGGAUGCAUUUUUCCUUGCAGUGACUGAUCUUGCUUGUGCUAGGAAACUGCCCCUAGUUUACUUGGCUGCAAACUCGGGAGCUCGGAUUGGGGUAGCGGAGGAAGUAAGAGCUUGCUUUAAAGUUGGGUGGUCCGAUGAAUCAAGCCCAGAGUGUGGUAUUCAGUACAUCUAUUUGACUCCUGAAGACUAUGCACGAAUUGGAUCGUCUGUAAUAGCACAUGAGUUGAAGCUGCCAAUUGGAGAAACCAGAUGGGUAAUAGAUAGCAUUGUAGGCAAGGAGGACGGUGCUUAUCUUGCUCGUCUUGGUAUGCGGUGCAUACAGAGGCUCGAUCAGCCUAUUAUCCUUACGGGUUUCUCUGCACUAAACAAACUUCUGGGCAGGGAUGUGUACAGCUCCCACAUGCAGCUUGGUGGACCUAAAAUCAUGGCAACUAAUGGGGUCGUACACCUGACAGUGUCAGAUGAUCUUAAAGGGAUAUCAGCUAUUUUGAAGUGGCUAAGCUACGUUCCCUCUUAUUUGGGUGGUCCACUUCCUAUUUUGCCCUCUUUGGAUCCUCCAGAGCGGCCUGUUGAGUACUUACCUGAGAAUGAAUGCGAUCCCCGUGGAGCUGUCAGGGGCAUUAUCGGUAGCAAUGCAAAGUGGCUAGGGGGUAUUUUUGAUAAGGAUAGCUUUGUUGAGACUCUGGAAGGCUGGGCGAGGACAGUUGUGACUGGAAGGGCAAGGCUUGGAGGAAUCCCUGUAGGAAUAGUGGCUGUGGAGACCCAGACUGUGAUGCAAGUAAUCCCUGCAGACCCUGGGCAGCUUGAUUCUCAUGAAAGGGUUGUUCCUCAAGCCGGGCAAGUUUGGUUUCCAGAUUCUGCCACCAAGACAGCUCAAGCAUUGGUGGAUUUUAACAGGGAAGAGCUGCCCCUUUCAUUCUUGCUAACUGGAGAGGCUUCUCGGCCUGUUUUCGUGUAUAUCCCUAUGAUGGGUGAGCUCCGAGGGGGGGCCUGGGUUGUUCUAGACAGUAGGAUCAACUUGGACCAGAUCGAGAUGUAUGCAGAACGAACAGCUAAAGGAAACGUCCUUGAACCAGAAGGAAUGAUUGAGAUUAAAUUUAGGACAAAGGAACUGUUGGAGUGCAUGGGAAGACUUGACCAGCAGCUGAUUAAUCUGAAGGCAAAACUUCAGGAGACUCAAAGUAGUGGGGCUCAUUCAACUCUUGAAUCUCUACAGCAGCAGAUUAAAGCACGGGAAAAGAAGCUUUUGCCGGUGUACACUCAGAUAGCCACAAAAUUUGCAGAACUACAUGAUACUUCCCUCAGGAUGGCCAAAAAAGGGGUAAUCAGAGAAGUUGUUGACUGGAAUAAUUGUAGGUCUUUCUUCUACAAAAGAUUGCACCGGCGGGUUGCUGAGAGAGAACUGAUCAGGAGUGUAAGAGAUGCUGCUGGUGAGCAACUUUCUCAUAGAUCUGCAGUGGACAUGAUUAAGAAGUGGUUUUCCAAUUCAAAGAUUGUAGAAGGACGAGAAGACGCUUGGUUAGAUGAUGAAGUUUUCUUUGCAUGGAAGGACGAUAUACAGAACUACGAGGAAAAACUCCAGGAGUUGCGUGUAAAUAAAGUUCUGCAUCAAUUAUUAAAUAUUGGUGACUCACCAUUGGAUCUACAAGCUCUGCCCUGCGGUCUUGCUGCCCUUCUAAACAAGGUGGAACCAUCAAGGCGAGGAAAGUUAGUUGAUGAACUUAAGAAGGUGCUCAAUGGAUUAGAUUGA